GCCAAAUGCUCGAACACCUUCCCGCCAAAGCCACGCCCGCACAUUCACAAUAGAUCCACGCUCUCCGUGUCUGCGCCUGAUUCAGAGAAAGAGCCCGCAAGAAAGAGAUAGGAGAGAGAGAGAGAGAGAGAGAGAGGGAGAGGGAGAGCAAGAGAAGGAGGAAGAGGCGAAGCCAUGGACGACGCGCCCGCUGACGCCGCCGCAUCCGGCCGCCGCACGCGCACCCGGGGCACCGAGGCGGUGGCGCGCUCCGCGGCGCUCGAGCGCCUCCGCGCCAUCCGCGGCGGCGGCGCCCGCUCCGCCGCCGCCGUCCAGGUGCGGAUGGAGGACCCGAUCUACGACACCGUCGCCGAGGAGGACUACGCCGCCCUCGUCGCCCGCCGCCGCAAGGACGCCGGCGCCUUCAUCAUCGACGACGACGGCCUCGGCUACGUCGACGACGGGCGAGAGGAGGACUGGACCCACCGCGCCCUCCCUUCCUCCUCCGACGAGGGAUCUGGCGGCGAGGAGGGCGCCCCCCGCAAGCGGAAGCAGCCGCGCCCUCCCCAGGCGAAGCGUCCGCCCCAGCAGUCUGCUGCGGCGGCGUCCCUCUCCGCCGCCGGUGCGAUGACGGGCAAGGAUCGCCUCUCCGCCAUGUUCACCUCCUCCUUUUUUAAGAAGCCAGGCAGCGACCGCACCAAGGGCUCGUCGCUGGCCGCGGACAGCAUCGUGGACGACGUCAUCGCCGAGUUCGCCCCCGACGAGAACGACCGCGAGGAGCGCCGUCGUCGCGUUGGCAGAGUCUCUGCCCCGACACCAACGCCUGCUCCAGUUGCCCAAAUUAAGGCAAUUCAAGCAGCCGUACACGCUGAAAUGGAGGUUAGAUCGGAUAAUGGGUUCGAGCCUGAUGUGGUUUCAGGCCAUGGAAACGAUAUGGAGGUGGAAUUACAGCCAGAGGUGGAAUUGAAGCCUGAUGUGGAAAUGCAACCCAAAUUAGAAGCAGCUCCAGGUUCUAGUCCUGAAUUGGUUGAUGAGAAUAAGAGCUCGGAGGAACUGAAGCUGGAAGCUAAUGGGGAGGUGAAGAUAGAGAAGGUGCACCGUUUAAACGCUAAGAUUAAGGCAGAGGGCACCAGGAAUGGUGAUAUGUUGAGUGCAACAGCAGGUUGGAUGAAGAUAUGUGGGGAGGGGGAGAAUGCAGGAGGCGAGGGAGAGGUGUCUGUUAAUGGUAACACCGAUGUAGAUGAAAGCUCGGAGUUUGAGCUGAAGGAUGGAGCACUGCCGUUCUAUGUGCUGGAUGCAUAUGAGGAGCCCUUCGGUAUUAAUUCAGGCACAGUUUAUUUGUUUGGAAAGGUUGUAAUAGGCAAGCGGUUCCAUAGUUGUUGUGUUGUUGUAAAAAAUAUGCAAAGGUGCAUAUAUGCAAUCCCAAGCAGUUCAGUAUUCCCAAGGGACACAAUAUCAAGGAUAGAGAAGAACUCCACAAGUUCUGAUGCUUCGCCAUCACUUCGAGCAACUUUACAUGAGUUGUCAUCUGGACUAAAGAUUGAAGUAGCUGAGAAGUUGUCUGACCUCAAUGUUUCAAAUUUUGUGAUGACUCCAGUCAAGAGGAACUAUGCAUUUGAGAGGACCGAUGUACCAAUCGGUGAGCAGUAUGUCCUGAAAAUCAAUUACCCAUAUAAGGAUCCUGCGGUACCAGCCGACCUCAGAGGUGAACAUUUCCAUGCGUUACUUGGGACAAACAAUAGUGCACUUGAACUGUUUCUCAUCAAAAGAAAGAUCAAGGGUCCUUCAUGGCUAUCGAUUUCUAAAUUUGUGGCAUGUCCAUCUACUCAGCGGGUCAGCUGGUGUAAAUUUGAAGUUACAGUCGACUCCCCAAAAGACAUUUCUGUUUUGAUGACAAGUACCACACUGGAAGUCCCCCCAGUUGUAGUUGCGGCUGUUAAUCUUAAAACUAUCAUAAAUGAGAAACACAACGUGCAUGAGAUUGUGUCAGCAUCAGUCAUAUGCUGUCACCAAGUAAAAAUUGAUACUCCAAUGCGUUCUGAAGAUUGGCAGAAACGGGGAACGAUCAGCCAUUUUACUGUUAUGCGCAAGCUUGAAGGCAGCAUAUUUCCUAUAGGCCUCACCAAAGAAGCUUCUGAUAGGAACCAGAAGGCUGGUAGCAAUGUGCUGGCACUAGAGAGCAGUGAACGUGCUUUGUUAAAUCGCUUGAUGAUUGAGCUUAGUAAACUUGAUUGUGAUGUACUUGUGGGGCACAACAUUUCGGGAUUCGACCUGGAUGUCCUUCUGCACCGUGCUCAGACCUGCAAAGUACCAAGCAGCAUGUGGUCCAAAAUUGGUCGCCUUAGAAGAUCAGUAAUGCCCAGGCUUACCAAAGGAAACACACUAUAUGGUUCUGGGGCAAGUCCAGGAAUUAUGUCCUGUAUUGCUGGCCGUCUCCUCUGUGAUACCUACUUAUGCUCUCGUGAUCUUCUGCGGGAGGUGAGUUAUUCUCUGACACAACUUGCAGAGACUCAAUUGAAAAAAGACAGAAGAGAGGUUUCGCCACAUGAUAUACCUCCAAUGUUCCAAUCAUCGGGAACACUUCUAAAGCUGGUUGAGUACGGUGAGACUGAUGCAUGGCUUUCUUUGGAGCUCAUGUUCCACUUGAGUGUUCUCCCGCUCACACGCCAACUGACAAAUAUUAGUGGUAAUCUGUGGGGAAAAACUCUCCAGGGUGCUAGAGCUCAGAGGGUAGAAUAUCUACUGUUGCAUUCAUUCCAUGCAAAAAAAUUCAUUAUACCAGAUAAGUUUGCUGCACGCAAUAAGGAGCUGAACUCUGCAAAACGAAAGCUUAAUGCUGAUACCGAAGGUGGAAAUGCUGCUGAUGGUGCUGCUGAUCCUUCCAUUGAUGAUGAGGUGCAUAAUGGUGAUCAAGGUAAAGCAAGAAAAGGCCCUUCAUAUGCUGGUGGUUUGGUUUUGGAGCCUAAAAAAGGUCUAUACGACAAGUAUAUUCUACUUCUGGACUUCAACAGUCUUUAUCCUUCAAUAAUUCAGGAAUUCAAUAUCUGCUUCACCACUGUUGAGCGUUCUUCUGAUGGCAAUCUCCCUAACCUGCCAAAUUCAAAGGCUACUGGUGUUUUACCUGAGUUGCUACAGAGCUUGGUGGAGAGGAGAAGAAUGGUUAAAUCAUGGCUCAGGACUUUAUUGGCCGACAGCCCGGGCAGAUGCUCAGGACUUAGUCCAACGAUGCGUCGGUUGCCAGCUCUUUGCUAAUCAGAGCCACAUGCCACCCACCGCCCUCAAAACUAUACCCAUCACCUGGUCGUUCGUGCUCUGGGGGCUUGAAAUGGUUGGACCCCUUAAAGGGGGAACCCACAAGCACAAAUACUUAUUGGUCAUGAUGGACAAAUUCACCAAAUGGAUCGAAGCCAAGCCGGUUAAAACGGCAGAAUCUGGACCUGUGAUAGAUUUUA